GCAGGACGAACCCAGCUCAGUCUGCACCUGCAGAGGGGCGGGGCCACUGCCUCCAGGGGGCGGGGCCAGAGCAAAGUCAACGUACCAACCAGGAAGCAGCUGGACGCACAGCUGGAUGAGUACAUGUCCAUGUCCAAGAGCCGGUUGGACAAACAGCUGGACGACUACAUGUCCAUGUCCAAGAGCCGCCUGGACGCUCAGCUGGAUGAGUACAUGUCGAUGGCCGGACAGACGGACCUGGACUGGGACUGAGUCUGAGAGAGACCGGCUCCCAGACUCAGUCCCGUUCAGUGACUGAAGCUUAACAGUUACAGUUAACAGUUAUUGACAGUUAUUGGUGCUGAUGGAUGGUGAGGAUUCGUCUCUCUUUUUAGUUUUGUCUCUCAGGUGAGUUUCAGGUGUUGAAGCAGGAAGUGUUUGUUUGGUUUGUUCACCUGUUUAUGUUGUGUUUUUGCUGUCGCUGUGACGGGGCCGUGUGUACUUCACUGACCUCUCUGUAUGUUGGAACUUCUUUAUAUCGGUCUGUUACUGAGGCUCCACUUUUGUUCCCAACAUUUAAAUAUAUUUUAAUAAAGAUGAGACCUGCUACCUGUUA